AUGCCUCCGGGCAGGUGGCACGCCGUCCGCCCCGCCCAAGCCCAGGCUCUGAGGGAGCGGGGCCGACUGCAGCCGGUCAAGAAGGAAGACGAUGACGACGGCUUCGCGUCCGUGCAGGCCGCCAGGCCACAGACGCUCAAUCGGCCCGGCCAGGAACUGUUCCGUCAGCUCUUCCGGCAGCUUCGCUACCACGAGUCCUCUGGGCCCGUGGAGACUCUGAGCCGACUCCGGGAGCUCUGCCGUUGGUGGCUGCGGCCCGAUGUGCUCUCCAAGGCCCAGAUCCUGGAGCUGCUGGUGCUGGAGCAAUUCCUGAGCAUCCUGCCUGGGGAGCUGCGCACCUGGGUACAGCUGCAUCACCCUGAGAGUGGCGAGGAGGCUGUGGCCCUGCUGGAAGAGCUGCAGAGGGACCUUGAUGGGACCCUACUGAGGGACCCCGCCCCUGCCCAGAGCCCAGAUGUGCGUUGGAUGGGGACAGGAGCCCUGCAGGCGGCACAGGUCUGGCCCCCUGCUUCACUUCUCAGGAGCAGCUCCGCUCGGGAGGACCACCAGGAGCCUCUCUCUGAAACGGGGAUGCACGACUUCCCGGCUGGACCGUCUGAGCCCCCUGCUGCUCAGGUGCCUGCCCUGUUCCAGAUAGAGGGGAGCCCCGAAGAGCAGGAGGCUCUGACUUUCAAGGAUGUGGCAGUGACCUUCUCCCAGGAUGAGUGGGGGUGGCUGAGCCCAGCCCAGAGGAACCUGUACAAAGAUGUGAUGCUGGAGAAUUAUAGGAAUGUGACUCCUUUGGUGGGACCAUGCACCAAGCCUGCUCUCAUCUCCUGGUUGGAAGCAAGAGAGCCAUGGGGCCUGAAUGCCCCCGUUGCUCAGCCGAAUCAGCCGAAGGACAGUCCAGCUACUCCCUCUGCAGGUGAGCUUCAGAUCGAAGACAAGCCUGUCUUAAAGCAUGCACCUGUGGAAGAAGCAGAAGCACCAGGGGUGCCAUCAAGAUGUCCUGCAGCAAGAAUUUCUGAUGGGAAAGGACUCGCAGUGUCUUUUGACCAGAAAAGGAGAUUAAAGGAGCCAGGCGAAAACCAUAUUCAGGUGAGCGUCAAGAGAGAAGAUGCCGGUUUCAGCCAGGAGGCAGGAAAAGAAGCUGAAGAAUUAGGAAUAAGCAAUAAUCUUAAUCUGAAAUAUGUUACAUAUGUGAGAGUUCCCAGAAGAAAGAGAUCCCUCAAGCAUGGUUUGAGCGGCAGGCACUUCAGAGGGGGUCCGUACCACUACGACCACAAGGAGUUUGGGAAAGGGUUUCGACGCAUGAUUGGCACUUUCAGCCUACACCCGAGAAUCCAUGCUGGCCUGAAAGGGAAUGCAAAGGAUGCGUGUGGGAAAAACUUCAGCCUUAGUGCUCAUCACCAGCUCGGGCAGACACUGCACAGAAUGGGGACAUUGUAUAAGUGCAGUGAUUGCGGCAGGACUUUCAGCUGUAGCUCCUACCUCGCUUGCCACCAGCGACUCCACACUCAAGAGAAACCCUUUAAAUGUAGGGUGUGUGGAAAAGCCUUCAGGUGGAGCUCAAACUGUGUGCGGCACGAGAAAAUCCACACUGGAGUCAAACCUUAUAAGUGCAGUUUCUGUGACAAGGCGUUCCAACGCUUGUCUGCCUAUCGCCUGCACCAGGAAACCCAUGCCAAGCAGAAAUUUCUAGACUGCACUCAGUAUGAGGACGCUCUCACCUAUGGUCCAUUGUUUCUUCAUCAUUUGAGGGACCAGACUGGGGAGAAACUCUUUGACUGUAACCAGUGUAGAAAGUCCUUUCACUGUAAGUCCUAUGUACUUGAACAUCAAAGGAUCCACACCCAGGAAAAGCCCUAUAAAUGUUCCAAGUGUAGGAAAACCUUUCGGUGGAGGUCAAACUUUACUCGUCACAUGAGACUACACCACGAAGAAAAGUUCUAUCAAGACCAGGAGCCCCACAGAGAAGAACAGUUGCAUCCGGAUCAAGAGGAGUAUAGCGAAGACUUCCGGCAGCCCUCCAACUACAGCCAGCCCCAGACUGCGCCCACGGAGGACAAAGCUUUUCUGUGUCAGCAGUGUGGGAAAACUUUUAUUCGAAAGAAGUCUCUUAUUAAUCAUCAGAAAACUCACACAGGUGAGAAAUCAUACCAGUGUGGUGAAUGUCCAAAGGAGUUCACUCAUCGGUCAGCGUUUGUUUUUCACAAGAAGCAGCACGCCACGGAAAGGAAAUCGGAGGACGAGCCGUCGUUCAGUCAGGACACAGCAUUCCAAGCUCCUCAGAGCAGUCACGCCACAGAGGAACCCUACAAAUGUGGCCAGUGUGGCAAGGCCUUUCGUAACCACUCGUUCCUUCUUAUCCAUCAGCGAAUCCAUACCAGGGAGAAGCCAUAUAAAUGCAGGGAGUGUGGGAAAACUUUCAGAUGGAGCUCUAACCUUUCUAGACAUCAGAGGAUCCACACUUUGAAAAAACAGUACGAAUACCAUGAAAGUGAAAAUCUGACCAGCAUGCAGCCGCAAAUCUCCUCUGAUGGAAAACCCUUCUGGUGCCAAGAGUGUGGCAAAUCCUUCACCCGGAAGAGAUCUCUUUUAGACCAUAAGGGAAUACACAGUGGAGAGAAACGCUACAAGUGUAACCUGUGUGGGAAAUCCUACGACAGAAAUUACCGCCUUGUUAACCAUCAGAGAAUCCACACGAAAGAGAGACCAUUCAAAUGCCAGUGGUGUGGGAAAGAUUUCAUCGGGAGACAUACCCUCAACAUUCAUCAGAGAAAGCAUACGCGAGUGAUGCAGGAUGAAUGUGACCUGCUUGGGUUGUCGUCCUCGCAGGACACGGGAUUGAGUUUACAAGAGUUCAAGCCAAGUGGGGAGAAACCCCUCGAAGCUUGCGAGGAGAGUUGUGAGCAGAGCCCCGUACUCCCCGAACUCCAGGGCAUGUCCCCCGGGAAGAAGUGCCACAAGUGUAGCACGUGUGGGAAAACGUUUGAGAAGAGCUCACAACUCACAAGCCACAAGAGAUUCCACACUCGAGAGAGGCCCUUCAAAUGCAGGGAGUGUGGGAAGACCUUCAGGUGGUCUUCCAAUUUGGCGCGGCACAUGAAGAACCACAUCAGAGAUUAGGCUGGAA